ACGAUGCCUGGCGUUCGUGUUGAUAACACGAAGCCAACUAUCCUGUCCAUGGAGGUGGACAAUGACAACCUCUUUGAAAGCGAGUACCGAGUGCGAAUCGGAGAUCAAGUCAAAUACCUCAUCAUCGCUCCCGGAACCUUUGAUCGAGACACACUUUCAUUUCCGCUCCAGUCGUUGUCCGAUCUUCCUUACGACCAGGAAUGGACCGUGGCCUACAUAUCACGGGAUAAGCUCAGCGGCGACUUGAAAUCCCUCCUGAUGACCAGACCACUCGCCGGCGUUGAGUGUCAGUGGCAUCAUGCUAGCAUUGAUUGCCUUCAAUUGCAGAGCACCAAGCAGCUCACGCCAACGGUGUUCGAAGCCGUCCUACUACAUUCAAACGCCUCAAUAAUGCCCCCGUCACCAGAGACAACCGUGAUCGCCAAGAUAGCCCGUUUUGAAUGGGAGGUGCCUCGCAUCAAGCAGGAAACAAGAGCGUAUCAACUACUCGAAGGUCAUGGACUGGCUCCGCGCUUUCUCGGCCAUGUCCAUGAGAAUGGACGUGUCAUGGGGUUCUUGCUGGAAAAAAUCGAGGGACGCUCCGCUUCUCUGGCGGAUCUGGACAUGUGCGAGGCCGCACUGGGGAAGCUUCACGCGUUGGGACUAAUACAUGGGGAUGUGAACCGAUACAACUUCUUGGUCACGGAAGAAGGUGUGAAACUACUCGACUUUGAACACUUUCAGGAGAACGCUUGUCCCGACGUAAUGGUUAGAGAGUUGGAGAGUUUGCCUGCUGAACUGGCCGACGAGUCUGGGCGCGGCGGAGGAUUCAUAUUUUGUGAGGAUGAUGAGGAUAGUGACGAUCCUGAAGCCAGCGACGCGCUCGCCAUUGCGGUUUCGUCUUCCUUGGAAGUCCGAAAGGGAUGCUACGGCGAUGAGGCGGUUCAAUUCUAGCUACGACUGCCGUAAAGGUAUUAGUUCGUAGAUCCCAAAUAGACUAA